AUGACCAAAUCUUUGCGCAUGACGCUGCAUUUUGGCAAAACUACAGCCCGUCCACAGCCCCCUUCUAGUCUCUUCCAACGCAUCUAUGAUUACCAUCAGCAACAGAACGGCUACUUCGGCGUGGUUCACGAUCUACCGCGAGGGGAAGAUGGAGGGUAUCAAGGAUAUCGCGGAUGGGUCGGUGGAUUUAGUCCUCGCAUUGAACGCCAUCCAUGGGCGGAUCAGACAGCAGCCGUGGAGACGAUCGCGGCGCAAUUGAAGCCUGGAGGUUCCUUUGCUGCUGCAACAUUUGGAGCUGCACGGUUCCGCGAUGCUCGUGUGCAGGAUAUAUGGGAGCGCAUCAUGAUCGAGGACCGCCGAGAACCCCGGGACACGAUCAAUGUCAUGGCCCGCAGCCAGGAUCGCUACAAUGUCGCACCUCUGGAUGAGCGGUUUUUCCAGCCCGGAGUGCGGCGCAUCUUCGUGAACAUGGAGACCGGGGUGUUUACGGGCAUCCUGCCACCCGAGAACCGAUUCAGUGUGACGGAUCCCGACUCCAGGAGCAUUUUCGGUCAUUUUCUCAUGCUGCUCAGGACCCCGAGGCUUUUGCACCGCUCUGGAAGGAGGUUGAGGAUUUGGUUCGCCAAGGAAGUCGGCUUGAUGGAUCCUGGCCUGUCACGGUGGUUCUGGCAAGGCGCAAAAUUGAUUAAUUACUGCCAGCUCAUGACAACAAACAGGAGCAAAUCUUCGAGGGUAGCAUCCACGAUGUCGAACCUCCUGACCGAUUGUCUUCGGGGCUCUCGGGCCGUCUUCCUCGGGGUCUCGACCAACGACAACAUCCCCGGGUGCCGCAUGGGCCAAGAUACCGCUCUUGGGUUAAUCAAGCGCUGGAAACCAAUACGUGCCGAGUCGAGAUGUCAUUAUCCCGAAACUCGUCGUUCUUCCAACACGAUUGAUGAUCAACUCUCCCAACACACGCCGCCCUGGGUGUGA